AAAGUGGGGGGAAAAAAAGAAAGAAAAAGCAAAGAUAUAAAUCGAAUUAUGAUAGGAUCGCGUUGAAUGCAUUUGAAUAUGGCGGAAAAAUAUCUGUCCGCGCUGCGAGCUGCAGUGCUGCCAGCACGGAAGUAUACGGUGACGCUAUGCUCAAGCUUCGCUCCCUCCAAAACCAGCGCGUACGUUGGCAACAUUGUUUUUUGGUAGUUUACAAAUAAAAUGGCCGAUAUAUGAGGCUAUUUUGUAUGGACAAUAAAAUAUGGAAUUUUAUAAAAUUAAUGACGGUCGGUCGCGUACAUGUGCGAGUUAAUGUGGAAAAGUCGCGUCGUAAAGUACGGUAAAAUAUCGUGGAGUGUAAGUGAGCGUGUGGGAGUGCCGUUAGAGAAAGGUGGAGGUUGUCUUCGAAGACCCGUGGACGCCGAGAAGACCGAUAGGAAGAAUCGGUGAGGCGGUACGAUCUAAAGAGUACCGUUGGGAUCGCCGUAUUAAUUUCGGUGGCGCACGGUGGCGCGGCAAACUAUAGAAAAACACGGCUCUAGAAUAGGCGAACUCUGGUUUUGCGGGUGCACACGGGGCCCCCUCUGCCGCCUGCACCAAAUUUUCGGGGACCCUCGCCUCCGCCACCCGGAGGCUGCGUGCGUCGGAGCCAGAGGGGUCGAAGCGCGCCAACACAGAAUUUCGAACCAUUUACAUAUCUUAUGCCACGCAUGACCAUCACGAGGUCUUGAUAAGACCCUUGGUGCUCCUUUAUUACAUAUUACCUUGUGACUGUCUAAAAGUACUUUCAAUGUUUCUAGUAUUACUCAUAUAAGUGACCGGUUAGAUCCUACUCAGACAGAUAUGUUACCCAAAGCAUGUAAUCAAGAAGAAGAAAGAGGAGUGUGACCGGUAGGUUGACUUAGACCCAAUCAAAAUAUUUCCAUCCGAUCAAUUUGUCAUAGUGGAGAGAAUUUGUACAGAGGAUGCGUUGACAGAGACAGAGAGGCCUACCGAUAUAGCCUCCAGCCAAACCAACCCCUCCAUUGUUACCCUUGCAAAUAUGUGUACAACCCCUGGCAACGCCGGAGCAGGAUUCGGGUAUGCCUGGUCCUUUGGUGGGCCUGGUACCGAAACCCGAGAGAACGCACAGAGCGAGCUUGCUACAAAUAUUAGUUACGCUGUUAAUAACAAUCAGGACCAAGGUUCCAGUCAAAAGAUACAAGUCGAUAUCAAACCAGCAAAAAACGUUAAUAGUGCUCAUCGCAGACCUAUGUUCGCUAUGAAUGAAAGUUGUCAACAAACUCCUACUACCCACCACGGUCACACAGGAGCUCAUAAUCAAACACAUGGUUCUCAUGUUCGCACUAAAAAGCAUCAUGAUGUUUUCCCAUUGAAUUGUGAAAAGGGAGGUUGUCAGUGUGAUGCUUCACAACCAACGCCUCCACCUUCUCUAUUUUCAAACACCUUAGUUUUUACCACAGCUGAUAAGCAUGCCAUGAGUAAGCAUUUCAUGACACCGCUUGGACCUUUGCAGCUUACUGCAGAAGAGUGCAAUGAAAUUUUAAUGAAAAGGGCAGCAGCUGCAUCUAAUCAAGCAAACUCCAAUAACGUUACUACCAGUCAAACGGAUGGCACAGCUCACUUUGGACACGUCUUGACUCAUGUAAACACUACUCAAAUCGAGACUAAAGUUAAGCAACAGCAAGAUAUGGGGAGCCAAGUUCGUGUACCUAAGGAAAGACCAUAUUCCUGUUCUGAAUGUGGGAAGUCAUUUCUACUGAAGCAUCAUUUAACCACACAUGCAAGAGUACACACAGGAGAGAGACCUCAUAUAUGCGUUCAUUGUGGCAAGAGUUUCGCUCACAAACAUUGUCUUCAUACCCACUUGCUCUUACACAGUGCGGAAAGACCUUAUCAAUGUCGAGAAUGUAAAAAGUCCUUUACGUUAAAACAUCACCUUGUAACACAUACUCGGGUACAUACAAGAGAGAGGCCAUUUGUUUGCCAGGAAUGUGGAAGAGCGUUUCCUCUUAAACGCCAUUUAGUCACUCAUAGUAAAUUUCAUUCUGGAGAAAGGCCAUUUGUUUGCGAAGAAUGUGGAGAAUCCUUUUCGCAAAAGGAUCAUUUAACAAUGCAUUCGCGCUUCCAUGGCAGUUUACAUCCAUUUGUUUGUCAUGAUUGUGGGGCUACGUUUCAAAGGAAGUUUGAACUAGUAAACCAUGGUCGGUUACAUGGUAGGAUUCCACAUUCGUGUACUGUUUGUGGUAAAGAAUUUUUACAGAAGAGAACGCUAUUAGCACACAUGCGUUUACAUACAGGAGAAACACCUUUUGCUUGCACCGUUUGUGGAGAGGCAUUCCCGCGUAAAGUAGAUUUAGUUACGCACUCCAAGAUUCACAAUAACAAUACGAGUACAGAUGAAAAGUCUCUUACGUGCAGGGAGUGUGGAUUAGAUUUUCCAAACAGAGAAGCCCUUACCUUACACUUAAGGCUACAUUCUGGUGAUCGAACAUUAGUAACGGAUUUAUGUGGGUUAGCAGCUGCCUUCCAACAAACUCCUGGACACUUCCUAACUCCAAAUACUCCUGGAACCCACCAGAUGAAUGGACCUAUCGGAACACCCGGUGUUAGCCAUAUGCACGGUGCAACGCAAACAUCGCCACCAGUUGGUUCGGGUCCUAAACCAAAACCACAUAUCUGUCCGGAUUGUGGCCGCGGAUUUGCUCAAAAGCAUGGACUGUCGCAACAUCAACGACGCCACACGGACGGCAGUUGUCAUAUAAGGUCACACGUGUGUGACAAGUGUGGAAAGGCUUUCUUCCAGAAGAAUCAUUUGUUAUUACAUCAACGUCAGCACAUGGAUCCUCCGCCGAGUAUACUUCGGCAACAACAAAGACAAGCGGCACAAGCCGCCGCUCAACAAGCUCAACAGCAACAGCAAGCCCAGCAACAGCAGCAGGCGCAGCAGCAGCAGCAGGUCCAGCAGCAACAGCAGGCGCAGCAGCAGCAGCAGGCGCAACAGCAGCAGCAGGCGCAACAGCAACAGGUUCAACAGCAGCAGCAGCAGCAGCCACAGCAACAACAACAAACGUGUACCGUCGAUACUAAAACAAUUCAGUUGCAAGCAAUACAGCAACAAGUUCAACAACAAGUCCAGCAACAGGUACAACAGCAGCAGCAACAGCAGCAACAACAAGCGUGUUCCGUGGACACAAAAGCAAUACAGUUGAAUGUCACCAUGUGAGACGGUUUAAAGCGAAGGGACUGGAAAGUCCCCGGAACAAUAGCACUCCCAAAUGCGCACCCUGCUGCCACCCUCUGCACGCACUUCUCUUGUACUAACAUUACAUACUAGAUAUAUUUAUUAUCUAUAGAGUCGAGUACGAAGUAAUCAAUUUUAUUACAAGAGUAUAUAUACAAAGUAUACAUAUUAUUAUAUUCUAAUAAUGUAAGGCUUGUAACAAGAAAAUAAAAAUAA